CUUCAGCGAGGCGGCCGAGCGGGUAAGUGGCGGCUACUGUGAGGACGCAGAGAUGCAGAUCUUUGUGAAGACCUUGACGGGCAAGACCAUCACUCUCGAGGUCGAGCCCAGUGACACCAUCGAGAAUGUCAAAGCCAAAAUCCAAGACAAGGAGGGCAUUCCCCCUGACCAGCAGCGUCUGAUUUUUGCGGGCAAACAGCUGGAGGAUGGCCGUACUCUCUCAGAUUACAACAUCCAGAAAGAGUCCACCCUGCACCUGGUGCUGCGUCUGCGCGGUGGCAUCAUUGAGCCUUCCCUGCGCCAGCUUGCUCAGAAGUACAACUGCGACAAGAUGAUCUGCCGCAAGUGUUAUGCUCGCUUGCACCCCCGUGCUGUCAACUGCCGCAAGAAGAAGUGUGGCCAUACCAACAAUCUGCGUCCCAAGAAGAAGGUCAAAUAAGGGCCCUUCUACUCUGGCUCCCCUGCCUCUUAUGGGUGGCCUCCUCCUGGGCCUCCCCAUGGUCUUGGGCCCUCAAUAAAGUCUCCCUUCAUUGA